AUGGCUAGUUUAUACAACAAAACCAUGGUUCUGUGCCUUUGGUUAGCGAUCAAUUUUCUGGCAACAUUUUCUUCAGAGCUUCCUCGAUUUGAACACCCGAUUAGAGGCGAUCAGAGGCUCAAAUUCUUGGUUGUUGGAGAUUGGGGAAGAAACGGAGCCUUUAAUCAAUCAGAAGUUGCUUUUCAGAUGGGAAGAAUUGGAGAGGAAUUAGAUAUAGAUUUUGUGGUGUCAACUGGUGAUAAUUUUUAUGAUAAUGGAUUGAAGGAGGAGCAUGAUCCAGCAUUUUUAGAUUCAUUUACUAAUAUUUAUACAGCAAAGAGCCUGCAAAAACAGUGGUACAGUGUUUUAGGGAACCAUGAUUAUAGAGGUGAUGUAUUGGCACAAUUGAGCCCAGCCCUUAGGAAAGUAGACAAUAGAUGGCUUUGCUUAAGGUCUUUUGUACUCGAUGCAGAAAUUGCUGAAUUGUUCUUUGUGGAUACGAGUCCUUUUGUGAAGGAUUAUUUUACAAUUCCAAAUGAACACACUUAUGAUUGGCGUGGUGUGACACCAGUGAAGACCUAUACUGAAAAUGUAUUAAAAGAACUCGAAUCAGCAUUGAGGGAAUCGACUGCAAAAUGGAAAAUUGUAGUGGGGCAUCAUGCCAUUAGAAGUGUUGGUCAUCAUGGGGACACUGAAGAGCUUGUAGAACGGCUGCUUCCAAUUCUCCGGGCCAACAAUGUUGAUCUCUACGUGAAUGGACAUGACCAUUGUCUUGAACAAAUCAGCGAUAACCAAAGCCCAAUCCAAUAUUUGACAAGUGGAGCAGGCUCAAAGGCGUGGAGGGGAGAUCUUAAAGGACAAAAUAGAAAAGGCCUCGAGUUUUUCUAUGAUGGACAAGGUUUUAUGUCUGUUCAAAUGACACCAAGUGAUGUUGAGAUUGUGUUUUAUGAUGUUUUUGGCAAAGUUCUGCACAAAUGGACUAUGUCCAAGCAACUUCAUAACCUUCAUCCGAUUAUAGGAGAUGAUAAUGAGACCCGACAGCCAUCCUCCGUCUCGAGGAUUUCAGAGGUAACCAACAAACGAUUGCCAGCCGCUGCACCACCUACUGUCGUGCUACACCGAAGUCCUGGACCUGCAGCUGCCUUCUCAGAUUUCCCAAUUUGUUUUUGGUUUCAUGUUCAAGUUCGACGGCCACAAGCAAUGACUCCUUCCUCCACCGUAUUUUUUUCAGGCGAGAAGAUUGGAUCUUCAAUUGCAACAAGCCAUAGCCACAAUCUCAAUUUUUCCGGUAACAAAAAUUCGAUUUCCAACCCCUUCUCCACCUUCAGCCUUGCUGCAAAGGACUACGGGGACCUGCCACUUUCACAUUUCAUACAAAGGCGACAAAAUUGCAUCUUCAGUUGUUUUCCAGAACCAUGUUCCCAUUCAAUUUGCAGGUCAUUCAUUGAAUCUACUGUGCAUGAUUUGAAAGAUUCAAUGCAUUCUUUUGGCACAAUGCGCACCAAACGUGGGCUUAUUAUUGAAUUCUAA